AAGAAGCUAGUAGCUAAUGAAGCUAAAGAAGCUAGUUUCUAAUGAAGCUAGUAGCGAAUGAAGCUAAAGAAGCUAGUUUCUAAUGAAGCUAGUGGCUAAUGAAGCUAGUAGCUAUUGAAGCUAAAAAAGCUAGUAUCUAGCAAAGCUUAUGAAUCUUGAAGCUAAGCAAGCUAGUAGGUAAUUAAGCUAGAAGCUAAUGAAGCUAGUAGCUAACAAAGCUAGUAUCUAAUGAAGCUUAUGAAUCUUGAAGCUAAGCAAGCUGGUAGCUAAUGAAGCUAGUAGCUUACAAAGCUAGUAUCUAAUGAAGCUUAUGAAUCUAGAAGCUAAGCAAGCUGGUAGCUAAUGAAGCUAGUAGUUAAUGAAGCUCAUGAAUCUAGAAGCUAAGCAAGCUGGUAGCUAAUGAAGCUCGUAGCUAAUGAAGCUAAUGUUUAAUAAAGCAGAGAUGACUGAAGCCUCAGCAGAGUAAACUAUGUGCCUCUCCGUCUCCAUGACAACGGCGACAUCAGCAGCCGGAGUUUCCCUCAUGUUGGUGGUGGUGAGUCAGCGCAGCCUGCAGCAGACCUGACUCUGCUGUUGCUAUGGUUACAAAGCUAAUGAUCAGUGCAAAUGGGUUCAUGCUAAAUGUAAACCCGUGUCUGAGUGUCAGCAUGUAACCAUGGUGACCGUUCCAGACCCUGGUGAAUCAUUUACGGGUUCUGCAGCAACUAGCUGACCCAGUCAAACCAGUCCAGCACUGAACAGAGAGCAUGGAGGUGGCAGCAUCAUGCUGUGGGCUUCCCCUGGGUCAUCCUUCAGAACCAGGCUGACCUUGCGUGUUGUCCCGUCCAGACGGCCUGUUGGGCCAGUGCCGCGCUCCAGACCAGAAGCCGGUCCGGUACCGAGUCUCCGGCCCGGUUCUGCUGCGGAUGCAGGAAGUCCUGAAGGACCUGAUGGUUCAAGGUCUGACCUGGAAGGAUGAGCUGACCCAGUCCAUCAUCAGUCGGGAGCUGAGCUGGGUUCCUACCGACCUGGUUCUGGACCCGGAUCCGGAGGAGAACCCGCCCAAACCGUCCGUUUGGUUCCCCAGGUCCUCCAGGCUGCUGGGCCCGGCCCCUCAGACAGAACCGGACCCUGGAGGUCCAGCAGAACCCGAGCUGACACAGCAGUACCUGGACUACCUGGUACUGGACCCGUACCAUCAGAACCAGAACCAGGAGCAGCGCUCCCUCAACUCUCUGGACCAGAACCCGACCUUCCAGCGGGGCGACGCUCUGGACCGGGACCGGCUGCUGCUGCAGGACCUGCUGUCCCUCUACCUGUCCUCCUCGCCGGCGCUGCCUCGCCACCGGGGGGCGCCGGCCGCCGGCUCCUCCUUGCUGCCAGACCUGGACUUCCCUCUGGACUACAGCCAGGACUACAACUCCCAGGAUCCUCAGCUCAGGAAGCAGGAGCUGGACGUCCUGUCAGGACUGGACGGGCGAUCCCUGCGCAGACUGUCUCUGCUGCUGGACGGUUUGGACCCGUCUGCUGUGCGGCUGGACUCGUCCUCCGUCCCCGGGCAUAGGGACGGAAUCGCAGCAGAUCACCUGGGAGACGGUCCAGCAGCCAAGCAGAAGCUCACAGAAGCCUUAAUGGCGUAUAAGGCGGCUCUGCAGGAGGCUCCGCCCCCAACCGCCAGGCCAGCUGAAGGACAGAAGGAGCCAGCCAAUCAGGACGCAGGAGGUGGAGCCAAGCUGUCUGGACACACCAAUCAGAGUGCGGUCGGACAGGCCGUCAGCUUCAGAACCAGACCCAACUCCAGGAACCUGACAGCUGCACACCAACCAGUUGCAGGGCAGAACUUCCUGCAGACUGAGACGGGCCUAAAGGUUCUCCAGAGCGGCGCCGAACAGACGGAUGAAGGGAAGUCGUCGUUGCCCCUGGCGACCAGAGUCCAGCCCGGCUCCCGCUGGCUGUUCGCGACGCUGGUGUCCACGGCGUGCAUCGGCGGCAUCCUGGUGGCGGCCAUGACCAUCGCCUGCCUGCGCCGCCACGCCCACCGUCUGGCCGCCAAGAAGCUGGGCCUGGGCCCGGACGGCGGCGGCUUCACCCACCAGGAGUACCAGGAUCUGUGUCGGCAGCACAUGGCCUCCAAAGGCGCCUUUGGCCGGCUGGAGGCCGCCGCCCUGGGCGCGGUGGGCGGGGCCGGCGGCGCGGCCGGCGCAGUGGGCGGGGCCGGCGUGGCGGGCGGAGUCGGGCCGGACUCCAGGGUGAGCAGCGUGUCGUCCCAGUUCAGCGACGGCGCCCAGCCCAGUCCCAGCUCCCACAGCAGCACGCCGUCCUGGUGCGAGGAGCCGGCGCAGGCCAACAUGGACAUCUCAACGGGUCACAUGAUCCUGGCCUACAUGGAGGACCACCUGCGGAACAAGGACCGGCUCCUGAAGGAGUGGGCCGCUCUCUGCUCCUACCAGGCAGAACCCAGCGCCGUCUCCGUGGCCCAGAGCGACGCCAACACCAAGAAGAACCGCUGCCCUGACUCGCUGCCUUAUGACCACUCCAGGGUGAAGCUGAAGGCCGACAGCAACCCGUCUCGCUCCGAUUACGUCAACGCCAGCACCAUCAUUGAACACGACCCCAGGAUGCCGGCCUACAUCGCCACCCAGGGCCCACUGCCACACACCAUCUCUGACUUCUGGCAGAUGGUUUGGGAGAACGGCUGCACUGUGAUCGUGAUGAUGACGGCUCUGGUGGAGGACGGGGAGAAGCAGUGUGACCGCUACUGGCCAGAUGAAGGCUCCUCCCUCUACCACAUCUACGAGGUGAACCUGGUGUCGGAGCACAUCUGGUGUAACGACUUCCUGGUGCGCAGUUUCUACCUGAAGAACGUGCAGACGCAGGAGACGCGCACGCUCACACAGUUCCACUUCCUCAGCUGGCCGGCGCAGGGAAUCCCUACCUCCACGCGCCCCCUGCUGGACUUCCGCAGGAAGGUGAAUAAAUGCUACCGCGGACGCUCCUGCCCCAUCAUCGUUCACUGCAGCGACGGCACUGGGCGGACCGGGACUUACAUCCUGAUCGACAUGGUUCUGAACCGCAUGGCUAAAGGCGUCAAGGAGAUCGACAUCGCCGCUACGCUGGAGCACGUCCGGGACCAGCGGCCCGGGAUGGUCCGCACCAAGGACCAGUUUGAGUUUGCUCUGACGGCGGUUGCAGAGGAGGUGAACGCCAUCCUCAAGGCGCUGCCCCAGUGACCCCUGGACGACCUCAGAUGACCCCCGGCACUGACUCAGGACGAUCUAGGCGAUGUGUUCAGGAGCAUGUAGGAGAACCUGUGUGAAACGUGCAUGUGAAUGCACCACGAGCUUUACCCACCCAGACAGCUGGUGUUGUGUUGUAGCUGAACCUGCGGAGCCGGAUCUGGAUCCGCUCCAGGUUUCCUCUGCUGCUCAUGGACCCCCUCUGUGCGUUUCCCGUCUAUGUAGUCGUUAACCUCCAGCAAGAGAAAACUAUAAAAAAUAAAGCUGACUUUCUAAGUGUGACCUUAAAUAAAUCUGUUUGUGUUGCA